GUUAACUCAGGUUGGUACCAGGGCCAGGUAUCACUGCUAAUAGGACGGAAAGGGAGGAAGGAACUUGUUUCGGGAGUACAAUUUUAAUUAUAACAUAUUAAAUCGUUACGAUAUAUUGUUUUAACAAAACUAGAACAAAUAUCGAUCAUUAAAGAACAUGGAAGCGGAACCGUUGGAAUUGGAGGAUGGUGAGAUCGUCGACGAUGAGGCGGGUGACAUUUUCGGGGCAUACACAAUUCUGCAAAGACCUCACACGGCACCCGUCACAAAUAUAUGCACCAAAAUGCGGUACAGUGACGAUUCUGACGAUUCGGCUGAUUCCGAAAGCGAUUCCGAUUCGGAUUCGGCACGUAAUAACGUGAAGAGACCGAAGCUGAAAUUGAAGAAGCACAAAAAGGACGUGUCAAAGGGUGGGACGUUAAAAAGCGACAAAUACAAAGUAUGGUGUACGCAGGUUCAAGAGGAGUCUUUGACCGAGGACCUCGUGUCUUGCGGUGUCACGAAGAAUCCGUACCAGGAACGUAGCGUUGAAAGUUACAAUUUUACCUUGGGAUUUGGGUAUAACAACAGAGAACAUCAUAACAAUAACAGUUCAGAAGAUGAAGAGAAGGAGACCGAACCGAGGUUAACUAACAAGAGGACAAAUUCCGACAGAUACAACGUAAAACUUAGAUUAGGGAAGAGGAAAACUUUCAUAGAGAACGAUGUUCAAAAGGGCUCUGCCAGAAUAAUAGCGGACCUAUCGACAACUGUGGAGUCGACAGAUGCCGACGUUGCUACCGACAUAACGACUAAGCUUAGUGAAAAAAAGGAUCUUUUGAUAAGACGAAUAGUAGACAUAAUCGGUAAGGAAAAGGCUAUCGACUUCUUUCAAAAAACGAGGAAGAUCGAGGAGGAUGGUGGGAUGCUGAUAAUGAAUGGGUCUCGUAGAAGGACUGCCGGUGGUGUAUACCUGUGGCUGGUGAAAAACGACAAGCAUAUUCCUCAGGAGGAAAUAAGGCAGAUCUUCUACUACGAUCAGAACGAGCAUAGAAGGAUGAACAUUGCGAGGAGGCAAAAAACGCAGGAAAUAAUACGAAAUUUUGAAAAUGGAUCCGAGAAGGAUCUGCCGGCUCUGUUAACGAGAGCGGAACUUUCGACGAGCGAGAUCGCCGAGGAAGCGAGGCUGCGCCGUGGCGAGGGCAUGGACAGGCCGCCAGUAGACUCGGAUCGCACGGUGUCGAACCCACCGCCUAGCCCCGUAACGGACGAUCCGGAUCAUUUGGAACAGAGGCACGUUCAGGAUUACAGCGACGACUUUCUCGAUCUUGGAGUGGACGUAGAUAGCAUGGAAGUACUUUAAGAUGUCGUAGACCAACUUUUGCACGCAAAUGCCGCGACGCGCGACGGUGGCUCGUACAAAUAAGUGAUCACGGUCGUACGAAUUACACGCAUACGUGUAUAAUGUGCCCAUACCCUGAUCAUGUUGCCAAUAACAGAUUGAAGAUAUCCUUGUUUGGUAUCUUGUGGAACGCAAACACUCAAGCGAGUCGUCAUUAUUGUCCUCGCGCAGACGAGUGUAUCAACAAGACCCUCUUUCCUUCAAUUUCAAAAUAUUGUACACAACCCAAAAAUUACAUUGUAUGCAACGUUAUUUUUAAGAUCGAGCGGAAUUAGUAAAUUGUGAAAUUCGUAUACAUAAAAAUUUGCGCGUUUAUAUACAUAUGUAUAUAUUACGUACGCAUCAUAUUAUUAGCGAUAAUCGCCAAAGCACAUUGCAUACUUGUGUACAUAAAUCGAGAAUAUUGCUUUCCCGCGAAGAAAAUAGCGCAAUCUAUUAGUAAUACGUAGUCGGUAAUCAGUAACGUUAGAAUGCGUUAUUUUGUAUGUACUUUUGUAACAAUUAAAUCUUUUCUAUUUCA